GAAUCCACGGCCGAAGACAAUUUCCAGACAAAGUGAUUCUGGAAGCUAUAUAUAUACCAGAUCUCAUCUUUCUUGCAUUUGAAAACAAACCAAAAACAGCUGCAACUAAGCAUCACCGGCGAUCAAAUUGAGCAAAAUGUCAGUGCAAGCGUACGUGGACGAGCAAUUGAUGGGCGACAUUGAGGGAAACCACCUCACCGCCGCCGCAAUCAUCGGCCAUGACGGCACCGUUUGGGCUCAGAGCCCUAGCUUUCCCUCUGUCAAGAUGGAGGAGGUUACUGAUAUAAUGAAAGACUUUGAUGAGCCUGGACAUCUCGCCCCUAACGGAGUCCACGUUGCCGGCACAAAAUACAUGGUGAUCCAAGGAGAACCAGGCGCUGUGAUCCGUGGGAAAAAAGGACCUGGUGGGCUUACCAUAAAAAAAACUGGGCAGGCAUUGAUAAUUGGUGUGUAUGAUGAACCAGUGACUCCAAGUCAGUGCAACAUGGUUGUGGAGAAGAUUGCUGACCACCUUAUUGAUCAAGGCAUGUAGUCAUACACUAUAGUUUUUAAUUUGUGUUCAUUGAAUCAUGUCCUGUCCUGGGUAACUAUUUCAUAAAAAUAACUACCCAGAUCGAGAGAGUUUGUUUGUGUUUGUCUUUCGAUUUCUUGUGGAGCUAUUUGGGCCGCUAUGGAGCCCAACACCUUCUACCCUUUUUCCUGCCUUGUAUGUGUCAGUCCAGUUUGGAAGCCCACUGCGGCCUUAUUAAAUUUUGGUUCAUUUCAAAAUUUUAGACUA